CUGGUGUUGUCUCCGAAAAUGGGCUGCGCGUAGCGCGAUUUAUUUACCACUGGAAUACGCACGAAGAACGUUCGUCUACGGUCCAACAAUCCCGAUGAGAUGAUCGUGAAGCAACCAUGCCUACUAGUGGCUCUUCUCCUCUGCCUACGGAGCCCCCAUUCAGAUGCAUCUGGGCUACCAUCACAGGAGCCGGAGCACAUGACGGCUCUUCUGGGGCAGGAUGUGAUCUUGCACUGCCCCUUCGAGUACCCAGAUGGCAUGCCUGUACCCUAUCUUGUCCAGUGGCACAAAAAGGACCACAAGAUACCAAUUUACAUCUGGUACGAUGGAUACCCACCACAUGCGGCCGAUGACUACAAAGAACGCAUUUCUCUUUCGGGCCAGUCAUCGCUGAACCUAACAAAUGUGCGUGAGUCAGACAAGGGCUGGUAUGAGUGCAAGGUCUUCUUCCUCAACCGGGAAACCAUUCGCAAUGGGACUUGGAUCUACCUCGACGUACUUGCCCCACCACACUUCAAGUCCAAGCCGGAACAGAUCAUCUACGUGAAGGUGGGCGAAUCGGUGGUGCUUCCCUGCGAGGCUGAGGGCACCCCACCUCCCACCAUUAUAUGGUACAAGGACAACCUUCCCCUGGAAGAGAGCACCAACAUCCAGAUCCACCCAACAGAGCUGCGCAUCUCCAACCUGCGCCAGACGGAUGUGGGCGACUAUACCUGCAUGGCUCGCAACUCAGAAGGCAGCGACUCGGCGCUCGCCAAGGUCAUCGUGGCUGGCCCUGCAGUGAUUACGACCCCUCCACAGAACCUGACCAAGCUGGAGGGCAACUUCGCUGAGUUUGUAUGUGAAGCACGUGCAUUGCCCUCCAACAUCACUCAUCGCUGGUUCUACAAUGGUGUGGAGAUUUCCAAGUUGACUUGGCUGCAAACACGCACGCUUGUACGCCAGGAUGGUACACUGUUCAUAAAUCCCACCGCAGCGGACGACUCUGGCUUCUACACCUGUGAAAUCUCAAAUGGCAUUGGCCAACCCGAGUCUGCGACUGCCUACCUCAACAUAGAGUACCCAGCUAGGGUGAACUUCACGCCAGCCUUCCAGUACAUGCCUCUGAACUUAUCCGGAGUAGUGCGCUGCUACAUCCAAGCCAAUCCACCAAUUCAAUUUGUCACCUGGUUCAAGGACAACCGGCCCUUUGAGGCCAAUGCCCUCAAUGGUGUUGUCAACCUGAGCAACGGCUCGCUCUUCUUUCAACGUGUUUCGUAUGAGCACCAAGGGCGCUACUUAUGUUCCCCCUUCAACAUCCACUCCACGGGAGGAUCUUCUGCUGUUAUGGAAGUGCUCGUACGGGAGCCACCCAUGUUCUCAGUGAAGCCCAAGGAGCUGUACCAGCAGCCGAGAAACACAGAGGUCACCAUGCCUUGUGAAGGCAAAGGCCAUCCACCGCCAACCAUUUCCUGGAGAAGGGCGGAUGGCAAGAAGUUACCAAAGAAUCGCCACAGUGUCAGUAAAGGAAAGCUGACCAUUCGGAGCCUGCAGAAGGAAGACCAUGGACGAUACGAAUGCGUGCUGCAGAACGACGUUGCCACACUGGUCACCAGCACCCUUUUGCUUGUUGAGAGCACGACACCGCAUGCUCCCACCAAUGUCUCGGUCAACACUAGCGCUUUUGCCGCCACUGUCUCGUGGCUUCCAGGUUACGAUGGAGGCCACCCACAGACAUACGUUCUUUGGUAUCGGCUGGUGGGGCAAGGCGAUGCUGAGUGGCGCACUAUCCGGGUGUAUCCGGAAACUGCCAUCACUCUGACCAUCCACAAUCUGCAACCCGAGUCCCAGUACGAGUUCCAGGUGCUCUCACGCAAUGCCUUUGGAGAUGGACUAUACAGCGAUAUUGUGCGCGCAAACACCACCAAGUGGAACUACAUUGAAGGCGCCUACCCAACAGAUGCAUAUGGCUCCACCUACAUCCCCACUGUGAACAGGACUCCGACAGGUCCCAAGCCGUCUGCGCCGCGCAAUGUGACGGUACGCGAGACUUCUGCCGGGGUGCUGGUUACGUGGCUGCCACCGGUCAACACGUCGGUGCCUAUCGCCUUCUACUGCGUCGAGUACCGGUCACCGGACAAGCCAUGGGCACGCAGCACCAACAUCAUGUCUGGCAGCGAAUACACCAUCACUGACUUGCCUGAGGGGACCAAGUUCUACAUACGCGUCUCAGCCUUUUCCAUUACCUCUGCCUUUGAAUCGAGCCCUGAAAUAUUACUUACUCUGGCAGGCUGCUGUGUUUCAGACCGGGGCCCCAAGUACAAGCGGGACCAGGCCAUCAUCUCGGGCGUUGUCGGGGGCGUGCUCUUCUUCAUCGUGGCCAUCAUCCUCUCGGUCUGCGCUGUAAAGAUUUGCAACAAGAGGAAGCGGCGGAAGGCCGAGAAGGCGUACAUGAUGGUGACAUGCCCCGUAGCGGACGCCCGUAAUGGUGGCCACUCACAUGGAGGCAGCCCUGUCUCAUUGAAAAAACACCCGGAAGGCCGAGUACCAGGUGUAGCGGUGACUGGUGUAGCGGGCCCGGGACCCUGGUGGCCGGUCCCCCCUGAGCCCCCUCCGGCACCACCGACAAACCGGCGGCCCGCCAUCGUGGCGACAACGCCGCGGGCGAGUAGCCCGGGCCUUCAGCUGCUGCUACAAGGCUUCCCCGACGACCUGAGCCCCGUGAGUGGUGGUGACCGGUCACUGCCCAGCACGGUGCCAUCGAGUGCCACCUUCUCGACGCCUCCGUCCCGUGAGCCGCCCUGUGGCUUCCGGCCCAUCCACGCACCCCCUGCCAUUGUGCCCCGCACCGGUGCCGCCACUGGCAACACUGGCCGGCAGCCACCGCUAGCCACAAGCUCACCGCCUUGCCUUGGCUAUAGAAAUGGCGGCAGUGGCUACACCCGCGAGCGCCUGCUGGGAGCAGUGCAGCGCGUUCGAUGCACGGCCCUGCGCCACCACAGUGCUCCCGAGCUACCGAUAAUGGUCUCGACAGGCAGCACGGCAAACGCGACGACUGCGGCCGUGGCAGCAUCGAGGCCCGAUUCGGCAAGUUUGACGAGUGGCAGCUCUGGACGUGGCAGCUCGGCUGGCGCGGCCCGUGGUGACUCCCUGCAGGGAGAACUGCGUCCGCCCGUGGCCAACCUGGUGUCGUCAUCUCUGGUGCCACCUCGUGACCAGUCUGUGGAUGAGAACUACGAGUUCGACCCAGCUUUGAGCCCGGCGUUGGGUGAUGAUGACGACGCAUGGCGUGGACUCAGCGACAGUGAGCUCUACAGCACUGCCUGGGAUGCUGAGACCCGCUGUGCAGCAUUGAAGCGCGAGUUCUUGCGCCGACGCCGGCGGCCGCUCGAGAGCGCCUGCUGAGACAAAAAAAGGGGGUCUCCUGUUCCUCUUCCUAGUCAUGGAAGCAAUAACGCGCGCACCGAUUCGCCUACACCAAUGUCACAAACAGCACAUCCUAUAAGGGCUAUGCUGUAGUGGCCUUUCGUGGCAACUCACCUUGUUGCUGCAACCAAUUUCAUCCCUGCCUUUGCUUGCAUCAGAUGACAUUCUAGAGCCAUGUAGAUCUAUGGCACGUUAACGUGUGCUGUCAUCAGUCUGCCAUUAGAGAUAUGUCGCACCAUCAAGAUCUUGUGGCUUGCCACGAAAGACCACUGCCUCACACUUCCUGUACCCACAUCAGCUCAAUGCGGCGAUGACAACCCAUGUACAGACUGACGUGCUGUGGCCACCUCAAGUUAACGAGCGCUGGACGCUCGUGUGCGACAGUCCGAGGACGCUCCUCUUUUUGUGGUGCUCGUGCGUUGCACAUAGGUGGCAGGCAUGCAAUUUCUUCUUUCUUUUCUCUUCUCGUCACCGACAUAGUACAAGGGCUUCUCGGUUUAUUACUACGCUCGCUUCACUCUGCGCGUUCUGACCUCCUCCACCCUCUGGAAUGAGACUCUUCAUUUUUUUUUUGGAGGAGGAAAAUGGGGGUGAAAUGACUCGCCAAUGCUUGCGAGCAAGGGAGUCUAGGGAACUUGUAUGCAUGUAAAUAGACUCAGGAGAAAAGAAGGUGGUUGUUGCAGAGCGUCGUAGUUAUUGUAAUGUUAGUCCCCAGAAGCACAGAACUGUAGACACCAAAACGAAUAAUUGUCUCUCUUUCUUCUUUGUUUUUAUUUUUCUGUUGUUUUGCUGUACCACUUAUGGGGUGAUGGAGCCCUAUGGGCACACUCUGCCGGCACACAUUCCAAUGUAACAUCCACGCUCCACAUAUACACUGUCAUAACAAUACCGAAGUGAAAAACACACAGACAAGCCACAACCCAAGCCCUCAACAUCUGUCUGAGACACAGAAGGAUUGUAGGAUUUACAGCAAAAGAUUCAAAGAGAAGCAUAUUGUAGGAUGCCGUUACAAUAUAUAUACAUAGUUCAAAUUCUGCUGCAUUAAGUAUUCUUUAAAAAUGCAUUUUAUAUGUUGGCAUGUUCAGUAAUGGCACUCAUGAAGGACAGGUAGUAAGAGACUUAAGCAAUGCACAUUUCAAAUAUAUAUAAGUGCAAAACUCAAUGUUCUAGACGAUAUGGCUUUAUUUUGCUUUUUGUUAUGGUCUCUCUUCUUUUUCUGUGCUACACUUGUAAAAAAUUUUCGUGUGAUACAUGCUGAAGUCUCUUGGUUAUACAGGCAGUCUUUUUUGAUAUAGAAGGCUGACCAUCGCUAUCCCUUUGAAUUUUACAUGCACUUGCUAAAUAAAUUAGGUUUUUUUUUUUCAGGGGAAUGAAUCGAAUAUAUAUCUACAUACAGGCAAUUGGUGACCACUUCUUUCAUUAAUUUGGUUGCAUCACUUCAUUAUGUUUGAAGCUUUCAAAGGAGGAUUCUCUCUCUGAGUUAUAAUUAUUUAUGUUUUCAAACAUUGCAGCCCAUAAUACCUCAGGGACAAAAGCAUCUGUUUUUUUUUUGGAGUACCUUUGACAUUAAGUGGCCUUGACUUGCUUUUUUUAUCUGUAAGUUUGACCCCUAUUUUUCCUUUUCUUCUCUUUGUUUCAAACUUGUCCUCAGCCAUCAAAGUAAAAGAAGAAACAAGCUUACCUUUUUGUCAAUUUGCAUAUGAGGCCGUCUUAAAAUAGGCAUUUCAAACUUGAAGAAGUCUCUGAUUGCUUUGUGUCAUGCUGACAUUCAAAGGUUUGUCUAUGUAGCAAAUCUAAAAGUCUGCUGUGCCAAGUCAGCCAGCUGUCUCACUGAAAGGAGUGCCCGC